CUGUUAAUUCCGAUAUGUUUCAGACAGGAGCAAAAGAUCGGCGAUGUGGCUACCACCCAUCUGGAACAUCUCUGCCGGCUCGAUAUUCGUGAGCCACCACAUCUCGUUCGUAAGACUGGAAUCAUCUGCACUAUCGGACCCGCAUGUCGUUCCGUGGAUAUGCUCCAGCAAAUGAUCCAAAAUGGAAUGAACAUCGCCCGUCUCAACUUCUCUCAUGGUACCCAUGAGUAUCAUGCGGAAACGAUUGCCAAUAUUCGUGAGGCUUGUGAGUCGUUCAGCGAAGUUCGCCAGAUUGGCAUUGCUUUGGACACCAAAGGUCCUGAAAUUCGUACCGGUAUUUUGGUCGGGGGACCGACAGCUGAGGUAGAACUCGUGAAAGGAGGCUCAAUUUUUAUAACUACGUCCGACCGUUUCAAAGAGUCGAGUACUGCAGUCAACCUCUAUGUUGACUACAAAAAUAUUGCCAAGGUUGUAAAAGAAGGAUCUCGUGUUUAUGUGGAUGAUGGUCUCAUUUCUCUUAUUGUCGAAGAGAUUAGGGAGGGUGGCAUUGUAUGUACAGUUGAAAAUGGUGGAAUGCUGGGAAGCCGCAAAGGUGUUAAUCUUCCUGGAACUAUCGUUGAUUUACCAGCUGUUUCUGAUAAGGACAUACAGGAUCUAAAAUUCGGGCUUGAACAAGGUGUCGACAUUAUCUUUGCCUCAUUUAUUCGUAACGCGGAAGGAGUCCGUACCAUUCGAAAGAUUAUGGGUGAAAAAGGCAAGGAUAUAAAAAUCAUCUCCAAGAUUGAGAACCAGGAAGGUAUGGAUAACGCUGACGAGAUUAUUGAGGAAUCCGAUGGUAUUAUGGUGGCGAGAGGUGAUCUCGGAAUUGAAAUCCCUGUCGAGAAAGUGUUCCUCGCUCAAAAGAUGCUGAUAGCGAAGUGCAACAAGGCCGGAAAACCAGUUAUUUGCGCUACUCAAAUGCUGGAAUCGAUGGUGAAAAAACCGCGGCCAACUCGAGCCGAAGGCAGUGAUGUAGCAAAUGCGGUUCUCGAUGGAGCGGACUGUGUUAUGUUGUCGGGUGAAACAGCGAAAGGUGAUUAUCCAGUCGAGGCUUUGAAGAUUAUGCACUUCAUCUGCAAGGAAGCGGAGGCUGCAGUUUAUCAUCGCAAAUUCUUCGAAGAGCUGCUUGUGAAUACUCCACGACCCACGGACAUGACCCAAACAAUUGCAAUCGCUGCCACCAGUGCUGCCGCCAGCUGUAAUGCUUCAGCCAUCCUUCUUAUCACCACCACUGGACGUUCGGCUCUCUGCUGCUCGAGAUACAAGAGCCCCGUCCCUGUGCUAACAAUCUCACGCAGCGCAUCUGUAUGUCGUCAGCUACAUCUAUACAGAGGAAUCUUUCCUAUUCAUUACGACAAACCUCGUUGCGCUGAUUGGCCUACUGACGUUGAUAACAGAAUUAACCAUGGCAUAGAGAUCGGCAAGGAUAGAGGUUUCAUCCACAGAGGAGAUUUCCUGGUGGUGAUUACUGGAUGGAGACAGGGAGCUGGUUUCACUAACACUCUUCGAAUCGUCACUGCAUCGUAA